UUACUGACUUAAAAUGAUGGUUAUAAUAUUUGAUUUGUCCAAUUUAUUUUAACACUUGGACUGACAUGAUAUGUGCAUGAACCCAGUCAAUGAGGAACUAGACCGGGCUUAUUCCAAUGUGGGUUUGCUAGCGAGUGAUGUUUGGAAUUUCCAGGAAGUAGAUGAUGGCUAUAAAAAGGCAAAUUUAAAUUUAUGGAUAAGAUUCAAUGAAACAGAAAAACGUCUGGUAGAAGAUGAUUGUGAUGAUGUUCUGUCCUCGGUUACAGACGAAGUCCGUACGGUAAGAGAUAUCUUGCCAUACUCUCGCCUUGCAUCUUACAAUGAUUAUCCUUACUCUGAGGAGAGGGAGAGGAUGUACAAUGAGAAUUAUGAACCUGCUGAAUACUUGGAGUGUUCCUUUAAUCCAGAACAAGAGUAUUUGGAAGCUUGGAUGCUCCCCGAGGUCGAGGAAAAGUUCAAAUGGCUCACAAAAGUUUCCACUUCCAGAUGGAACUCUACUAGUCCUCGACACCACAUGAGCUUGACUCCUGCUUGCAGUAUAAUGGCAACAUGUCCGCUCCAGUGGCUCUCCCAAACUGCAUGGCCUGCACAACUCCUCUCCCGCUACCCAGAUCUUCCUCGUACCCUUCAAGACUCCCGUUCACUCUCAUUCUACUGGCAAGACGUACUGGGGACUUGUGACAUAUCUGAAGUAGAGGAGAAGUUGGAGGAGUUCCCAUGCCCUCGUUAUCUAAUUGAGACUAAUGCAGAUUUGGAGCUACACACACGUAUAGACACAGAAGCCAUCCGCAACCUCUGGACUCUCUGCUAUGAUGACUUUGAUCUGGGGGUCGCUCUAAAUGCAGAGGUUCCAGAGUUUCAACCUGUCAUUGUCAGACAGCUGCCGCCACCAUACCCACCUGUGUUCGACGAGAGCUACCAGGCGGAAGUGUUCCCCUACUCUUGCGGUUAUAUACAGCCAGUGCCAGAACCCUCUGUGGUAUAUCCAGAUGAGCAUCAGACAAUACAAGACGUACCUAAACCAUUACAGUCUUACUUUAAUGUGGAAGCUAUCACACCAGGUUGGAGAAAACCUGUUAUGUCAAACCUGGUGCAGCUCAAUCAACCAACAGACCAAUCUAAUCUUGUAGAUAGACCAGAGAGUUCUGACUCCUGUUCUCUUUUGGCCACAAUCGGAAGCACUGACACUCAUGAUUAUUCAGCUCAAAAAAUGCCCAACACUGAACAAAUAUUGGCCGCCUUGGAAAAGUGGGUCAACAAAAUCUACAAGAGGAGGGCAAGUGACUUCUCAACCUUGUCGUCUACAUCAUGCCGCAUAGACCAGAUAUUUCAGAAUGUUCACCAACACUACACUUUAAUGCAGGAAGUUCCACCACCAAAUGUGAUGCUCAGCCCACAGAGACCUCUAUACAGUGAUGUGCUAAUGAAUGAAGCUAGUGUGACGGCAAGUGACAGCAAGUUCGACCAGUUGGAGCAAGAAGCUCUGGAGCAGUAUUCAGGUUCAGACACCAUCCUACGGGACAAGCUCUACCAGCAGGACUUGGAGCAAGAAGCUGUGGCCCAGUACCAACAGACUCAAACUAGACCGCAGCCCAGUUUCUGGGACCCCAGACCUCCAAUAAAGGAGACAAAACGUAGAGUGAGGCUUGAUGACCAAUCACCCCGUUACUCCCCUCGAUCUAUAAACUCCAAUUCGCCUUCAUUUGGAUCAAAGAGGAGCAGCAUUGAAGAAAAUUUAGAUAUCUGUUGUCCCAAAAAACAGGCAAUAUGGAUCAAGAAAAAAAAGAAGAAACAAGAAAAGAAAAAGAAGUGCUCAAAAAAUAAGAAAAAACUUCCUCAAAAAGAAUACAACAACAAAUACAUUGAAACUGAAAUUCUGAUGAUAGAUAAGUUUUGUCUAUUAAAGAAUCACUUUAAAGUAUUCACCAAAGGGGAAUGGAUGUUAGUACAUUCAUUAUUGGCCGAAGAUGUGUCAAAUCAAUUUAAGGCAUGUUUGAACAUGGUGACCGAAUGUUUAAAUUGGUUUGUAGAAAUCUUAACAAGUGCUGUGUUGAAGCAAGAUUACAGAAGUAAUAAAAAGAGGCUCGAACUUAGUAGAAGCAUUGUUGAUACUUUAUAUGAUCUGAUGAAUCUUUUAAAUCAAUAUAUUGUUUAUUUUUCUAAAAUAAAAAUGACAAUUCCGUUUGAUCACCGGUUAAACAACAUGUUAUCUCGAACUAGUUCACAUUUUUCUCUGCUCUCAUGUGAGCUAUACUUGUGUGAAGAUCUUGGAAUUCUUGACGAGUGUUGUCAAAGAGUGGAAUUAUUCUCAGAGGCAUCAACCGGGAAAAACUUGAAAAGAUUGAUCAGCUGUAUGAUACCACAACAAAGUUUUGUGAUUACAGGUGACCUUACAUGGAAGUUAACUAUGCCUGCCUAUGACACACUGUCACACUCAAGGUAUUCCUGCGUUCAUAUGGCCAGCGGAGAACGUAGCUAUCGUCUGAUACUUGUCAGCAGAGAAGGAAUGACCAGCAGUAAGACUCACAAACUCGUGAAAAUGAUUGAUGAAUUUCAAGUUUGGUGUAGUUACCAGUGGAGAUUCCCUGAUGGUUGGGACUUCGGCAAUAACCAAGUCCAAAUAUAUGAUUCCCUUCACUGGACAAGCCGACUUACAGUGAGUGCCUUGGAAAAUAUCAAAUACGUUGCUUGGACUAGCUUGAUGACUGACUGGCUUUUGGAUUUCAUUGGUAGUCAACACAUACGCGAUUUUGGGUACCAAUUACUGUGGGAUGCAAGGAGAGAUAAUCAGAUCAGCUGGAAGUUGGGGUUUACCAAAUUGCUACUGUGGUGGGAAGAGGGGUGGACUCUGGGAGAGAUUAGAACCAACCAGCAGGGCUGCCUCCCUUGGACAAUCAGCUGUGAAAAGACUUGUUAUGUCAACUGGGUGUUGGGUAACAGUAGUACUCCUCAAGCUACUCCAUCCACCAACAACACAGAAAUGAGCCUAUGCAAGUCUGAGCAUAACAAGGAAGAGAGCAAAGUGAAAGGCAAACGAUCAAAGGACAAAAUGAAACUGUUGGAUAGGCCGUCCCCAGAGAGACAACUGGUGAUAGCAAAUCGACAGACGAAUGUUACUCCAGAGAAACCAGGCCUGAGCCAACACUCCAGCUGCUCUGUUCAGUAGGCUUCUAGUUCUCACCCUCAUUCCAUAGAAUAUUAUUUAUUAAUUGUACAUUAUUUAAAUCAAUGAUAAAUUACUCUACAUGAAUCCAUAGCUUUUUGUGCUUCUUUCUAUGAAAUUUUGCACUAAGGAAAAACUGUUUCACCAAUUUGAAAAUUAUAAAGUGUUUUUAUUAUAAAAAAUAAUUUGAAAGACCUGAAUGAAAAAUUAUCAACUUUUUAAACUAAACGUUCUGUUUUCAUACUUGAAAUCACCAAACUUGUUUAUUUUUUGGCCGAUACAAACCAUCAUAUUAGAAGUCUUUGAACGCAUAUUCAGUAUUAUUUGUUUAUUUUGUAGUCACUGAAAACUAGAAAUAAUACAAGCCAGUGAGUGCUAAAAU